AUGGACCUAGUGCCACGCUUGCUGGACUACGUGGUGAAUUUCCCACGUACCGAAGACGCCAGUGAAUUAAAAAGCCAACUUAGUGGCUGUACACACUCGGAUCUUCGUGCAGUUUGCAACUUAUUGCGCCUUCCCAUCUCCAAGAAGAAUAACAAGAAAAGCGGAUACAUAGCCACACUCGUGUCCUAUUGGAGAGGUGAUGUCCCGAAACCUUCAGCCAAUACUAUGAUACCGACGGACAAGUCACAACCAAAAGCUCAUUUGCCACAUCAUCCUAUGCCAGUGCAUGAAGCCAGUGAUGUGAUCAAUUACGUGCAACAUUUCGCUCCAAAUGGGGAUGUUCACGAGUUACGCGAUCAAUUAAAUGGGUGCAAGGCAGUUAUACUGCGCUCUGCUUGUGUCCAGUUGGAUCUUCGUCCUCAUCGUAAAAAUUUUGCCAAACCAAAUUUUGUUGAUCUUUUGGUGGAGUAUUGGCAACAAUUUAGAGCUGGUUCUUCUCCUCGUAUGGUUGCAUCCUAUACGAGUCCAGUUACGCUUGACCCUGAAGUAACACCAAGAAAUGUGAAUCAUGAAAUUGAGAUAGUAAAGGAAGUGAGAUCACGAGGCGAAGAAUUGCUUUUGAGGAAAAAAAGAGCAAAGGUUGAACGCAGUGACGGUGAAGAAAAGUCGACACUGACUACUUCGCUCGAGAAAGCUAAGGUGGUGAAGGAAUGGGCAUCGGCUAUUGAAAUUCUAUCGCGUGUGGAUGGAAGUGCUGAUAGCAUAGCAUCGAUCAGAGCUUUGAUUGAUGAUGUUGUCGAGAGUGCAGCUUUAAAUUUGUGA